AUACAAACAAUUCCGCUUAAGUCUCUCCCUCGCUUCUUAACCCUAGGGUUUACACCACCCGCCGCAUACCCCAGCAGCGUUCCCAUCACCAGGAAGAAAUGGCUGUCCCUUUGCUGUCGAAGAAGAUCGUGAAGAAGCGUGUUAAGAAGUUCAAGAGGCCUCAAAGUGACCGCAAGAUCUCCGUCCAGACAAACUGGCGAAGGCCCAAGGGUAUUGACUCCCGUGUUAGGAGGAAGUUCAAGGGAUGCACUUUGAUGCCCAACAUCGGUUAUGGCUCAGACAAGAAGACUCGUCACUAUCUCCCCAACGGGUUUAAGAAAUUUGUUGUGCACAAUGUCCAAGAGCUGGAGCUUCUGAUGAUGCACAACAGGACAUACUGUGCUGAGAUAGCCCAUGAUGUUUCAACAAAGAAGAGGAAGGAAAUUGUGGAGCGAGCAGCUCAGUUGGAUGUUGUCGUUACCAACAAAUUGGCUAGGUUGCGCAGCCAGGAGGACGAGUGAGAGUCGGUUCAUGAGUGUUGAUUUUGCUGUUUUUUCAUAUGAUAUUUUGUUGUUUAGGAAAUAUGCACUUUUCGUCCAAUGUUUUCAAGUAUUAUUUUUACUUAUGGUUGAAUA